GUUCUGUGGAAACCUUAGAUGUAGAAGAGGUUGUGUCUUUGUUUCAAUUCUGGGAAUUCUCAAGGCUCUCCAGAAUUUCAUUGUUUCCAUCUUCUUGAAUAAUUCUGCAUCAGAUUGAUGAGAAAAGGUCUGAACAUUCUCUAUUUCGAGUUAUUUUCGCCCCGGGGAGGUCGAGGUCCAUUGAGCUGCUGAGAAAUUCCCUUGGAAUUGUACAAGUGGGAUGUGAUCUCAUUGUAUGGCUGAGUCAUAGAAGACUACUAUUGGCAGUGGAAUCUACCUUUGUUAUCUUUUUCCUUUUGGUAUUUUCCAACUUUUUCGAACAGAACAAAUCGGCAUCUAAUCUUUAUCCGGAAUCGGAAUCUGCUUUUGGAGCAAUAAUAAACAAUGAUUGUGAAACGGGCAAUUAUGUCUCGAAUUCGCGGCUCAAUCUGUCCCUGCUUAGUUUUGCUCCGAGCUCAAUCCCCGGGUCGUCAUUGACAACAAAACUUGUGAAGAUGCUACCGUUAUCCAGGUCGAUAGUUUAAACAAGCACGGGAUUCUCCUCGAAGUGGUGCAGGUGCUCACGGAUAUGAAUCUCGUGAUAACAAAGGCGUACAUAUCGUCUGAUGGUGGAUGGUUCAUGGACGUGUUCAAUGUGGUCGACCAGGACGGGAAGAAAAUCAGGGACAAGGAAGUGAUGGAUAAUGUUAAGAGGAGAAUCGAAAACAGUGCGAGCUUAGCUCCAUCACGGAGGGGGUCUGUGGGGGUGAUGCACUCUGAGGAGCAGACCUCCAUCGAACUCACAGGCACUGACAGGCCUGGCCUGCUUUCUGAGGUGUGUGCAGUCCUCUCGACCCUUGACUGCAACGUCACAAAUGCCGAGAUAUGGACCCACAACUACCGGGCUGCCGCGGUGGUUCAUGUCACGGAUGACCUAACAGGUUCCGCCAUCAAGGACCCAAAGCGCCUUGUCACAAUAAAGAAGAAGCUCUGUAACAUCCUCAAGGUAAAUGAUGACCUUAAGACCGCGAAAACCAUCGUCUCCCCUACCGGGGCAAUGAACCGGGGGAGGAGGCUGCAUCAGAUUAUGUUUGCAGACAGAGACUAUGAGAGGGUUGAGAGUGAUAAUGUCACGGAAAGGGACCACGGCGGGGGCUUAAGACCUGAUGUCAGUAUCAUGGACUGCAGUGACAGGGAUUACACGAUCGUGAUGAUGAGGUCGACUGAUCGGCCGAAGCUGCUUUUUGAUAUAGUGUGCACGCUCACAGAUAUGCAGUACGUAGUUUUCCAUGGAGUCGUUUACACUGGGGGAAAGGAAGCUUACCAGGAAUUCUAUAUUCGUCAUGUUGAUGGUCUCCCUAUAGGCUCUGAAGCCGAAAGAGAACGCAUCAUACAGUGUCUCGAAGCGGCGAUCGAGAGGAGGGCAUCGGAGGGUUUGGAGUUAGAACUGUGCACGGAGGACAGGUUAGGUCUCCUCGCCGACAUCACGAGGAUAUUCCGGGAGAACAGCCUCUGCAUUAAGAAGGCCGAGAUCUCGACCAAAGGUGGGAAGGCCAAGGACACGUUUUACGUGACUGAUGCCUCAGGCAACCCAGUCGAUCCAAGAAUCAUCGACUCGGUGAGGAGACAGAUCGGGCUAACUGAACUCCAGAUCAAACAGAAUCAGAACCUGCCGCCGGAACCCCCAGAGACGACUGUGCAGUACCUCUUCAGCUACUUCUUCAAGCCCCGGGCGUGUCAGAACAAACUGAUCAGGUCCUACUCUUGAAGAUGGAAUACGUACAGAAUCGACCGAACUGAGGGUGUCCUACUCAUGAAUCUCUUCGGCCACGUCUUCAAGUCCCCCCGACGAGUCAGAACAAACUGAUCAGGUCCUACUCUUGAAGCUGGAAUAUGUACAGAAUCGAUGGGACUGGUCAUGUCCUACUCACGAAGCUGGAACAUGUACAGAAACAACAGAUCGGCUUUAGCUAAGGCGUGAUUCGUGAAUAUUCGCCUUAGAUGUAUAUAUAACUACACUGCAGGGAAGAUCAAUGGUGGUUUAAUGUGCAUAAAAUACUACUGUGUAGGCUCAUAAGUGUACAGUUUUGAUACUUAGCUCAGCAUUGUGGCAUUGUACAGUCAAUUUAGAUAAUCGGAAAAACAGAAGUUAGCAUCAAAUGCUGUCUUUCGAUUAGGUUGUUCUGCAGAUAUUGUCAGACGGGGGCAUGAAAGCAAAGUAACAUCCCCAAUGUGUUUUUCUCGUA